UCUAAACCUAAAAGAGCUUCUGACUACAAACGAGGAGAGGCGUGAAAAAGGCGUCUGUCCCUUUAAGAAACAUGACACAGGAAGAAACCGAAAGUUAAGAUCCUUCUUUAGAAACAACCAAACUCUUUCUCUCGUCAUUAUUUCUCUUUCAUAGACCCACACCAACAGAGAAAUGGCGUCCAGCAGCAGUCUGUUAUCUGAGGAGCAGUUUCUGUGUCCCAUCUGCCUGGACAUGUUCACUCAACCCGUCUCUACUCCAUGCGGACACAACUUCUGCAUGUCCUGCAUCUCGUGCUACUGGAACGACAUACCAGUCUGCCGGUGCCCCGUCUGCAAGGAAACUUUUGAAACGAGACCUGAUCUCAAGGUCAACACUUUCAUUUCCGAGCUCGAAUCGCAGUUCAUGUCGCUUCAAGUGACAGACGCUCACAUCUGGAGCUUAGACCAACAGCAGGCUGGCUCUGGUGAUACGGUACAGUGUGAUAUUUGCACUGACACCCAGCAAGAGGCUGUCAAAUCCUGUCUGGAGUGUCUGACUUCCUACUGCGACGUUCAUCUCGAGCCUCAUUACAGAGCUGCCGGUCUGAAGAGACACACGCUAGUAAAGCCUUUGGCGAGCCUGGAUGACAGGAUCUGCAAGGAGCAUAACCGACUCCUGAUGUUGUUUUGUAGAAAGGACGAUGUUUUGCUGUGUGACGUUUGCGCCAGUUUGCGCCACGUGAGCCACAGCGUCGCUCCUGUGCAGCAGGCGUACAAAGAGAGGAAGGCUCUGGUGGGGGACACGGAGGUCAAAGUGCAGCAGAUGAUCAAGGAAAGGCUACAGAAAGUGCAAGACAUGAAGGCGUCCGUAGAGCAAAGCAAGACGGACACCAGGGAUGUGAUAGAAAGCAGCGUGCGUGACUUGACGGCGCUGGUGUCUGAGAUUCAGAAGGUCAAGGAGGAGCUUGUAAAGGUGAUUGAGGAGAAGCAGAAAGCAGCAGAGGAACAAGCAGAUGGUUUUAUCAGCGGUAUGAUGCGGGAGGUCGUUGAUCUGGAGAUUACGGCGGUGAAUCUGAGGGAUCUAAAGCAGAUGGAUGACCAGGUGCGUUUCCUCCAGAGCUUCCCAGUGUCCUCCCUCCUACCACACACCAUGGACUUGUCCACUUUUAGUUUUGACCGCCACCUGGGGAUACAGCACAUACGCAAAUCUUUGAGCAAAUCAGUGUCUCAACUGCGAGUGUUGCUGGAUAAAAUGAACACAGAAAUAAAUCAAUCCUCCGAAGGCGCGGACGUGUCGGACGACACCGAGCUGAGACACAUGCAGCGGUUUGAAGUGGACGUCCGGCUCGAUCCUGAUACAGCUCACCCUCUGCUCAUUUUAUCAGACGAUGGCAAACAGGUGAGAUACAAUGAGGGUUUGUGGCUGAACCAGAACCUGAACCCGAACAUGUUUACUGUACAUCUCGCCGUUCUGGGACUAAGAGGCUUCUCGUCAUGCAAGUACUACUUCGAGGUGUUCGUGGGUAAAAAGACUGAAUGGUGUCUGGGAAUGGCCACGGCGUCGAUCCAGAAGAGAGGCGCACUCAUUCGGGGUCCUCACUCUGGACUCUGGGCCAUCUGGUUCCUAGGAAAUAAGUUUGAGGACUUCAGUUCACCAAAUGAACCGGUGCACUUUGGGAAAGUGGAGAGGGUCGGGGUGUUUGUGGAUUGUGACGGAGGUCAGAUAUCAUUCUAUGAUGUAGAUACAGCCACUCAUAUUUACUCAUUCAUGGAGUGUUUAUUUACUGAGGAACUCUAUCCGUACUUGAAUCCUUGUGAUGAUGAAUAUGGUUCAAACUUGGAUCCGAUGAUAAUUGUUCCUGUCCAUCGUACGUAUUGAGGCUUCAGUGAUUUGAUGGCUUAAUUACUAGAAUGCAAAAAAAAACAUUGUGUUGUAUUUUUCAUAGUGACUGAAUAUAUAAAGCAUUUUUUUCUGAUUCUGCUAGCUCACUUUGAAAUCAGCAAGCUUUCCGGUUGACCUUUUGAGCCCUUUUCAUAGGUCUGAAACCCAGCUGGCUCACAGAAGUGAUACUGGAGUUCCCCCAUGUCAAAAAAAGAAACAAAAACAAAACAUGAAAUUAAUUAGAAAAAAAGAUCUUAAAGUAAGUAAAGUAUAAACACAUGUACGUAGGGCUGCAUCCAAUGAUUAUAUUCAUUAUGAAUGAAUCUGCUGAUUAUUUCCCCAAAUAUUUUUAUUGUUUUGCUUCUAAAGUACAAAAAAAUGCCAAUUAUAAUCACCCAGAGCCGAAAGUAAUUCAGUUUCAGUGGGACGUAUCAUGCACAUGUUUAUAUUCUUGGGCUUUACUGGAAUAUCUUUGCAUGAUUUACAGUUACCGGCACUAUUUUUGUCUCACGAUGGCAGGAUGACAACAACAAACACUGAUUAAACUACAAAUGAAAUAUCAGCCUCACAUUUCACAGUCCACAGAAACGUCUCAGGUGCAGGUAAUGUGAUUUCACAAAGUAUUGCCUCAUCCCUCAGAGACGUUCCUUCACUCGGGCACUUACGACGAUGACGCACGUCGUGACGUCAGUUUUAAGUGCUCGGAACUGGGCCACGCAGUAACUCAUAACGAAGCUUUUUCACAGAAGACGUUUUUGGCAUGUCCCAGUAGGAAAAGCACAGGUGUAAAUAAUAAAAUGAGUGAUGGCUGAGUUUCAUUUAGCUGCUCCAGUUUUCAGGGUCUCGGUAUUGUUCAUGCUGACUCACACAGGCGUCACGCUGUCACGGCUUACUGGGACACUUGAAUGGGAGUCAGCCAUCGUUAAUGUUAUUAGUAACACCUGUGCUCUUCUAUUAUGACAAGUCAAUGGCUUGUGUGAAAAAAAAAAGGGCCUAUGUGUUCUACUACAAGGCGAAAAUCUAGGAAAAUAAAUCAAUCAGCAUUAAAGGUUUCAUCUAAUACUCAUCAUUCAUCUAAUAAUGGUUGUUUCUACAUUAGUGGAGUCAGUAGAGCAGUGAAGGGGGUUGUUAUGUUGGAUGGUUAAAGCAGCAGAAAACACAAAAAUGAAGAAUCAAGUAGAAAAACAAACACAUUUCUUGCAGCCCUCGUGCUUGUUUUUGAGCUUUUAAAACAGUGUUUUUCUUCCUUUUUUGGCAGUGAAGCUCACCAGACUAUAAACAUAGUGUGUGGACAUGAAGUAUGAGAAACAAGUGUUUUUAAUUUCACAAAUUCUUUAAUUUGAAGCCUGAAGAGUAAUAACAUUUGCAAGUAAAAAAAAGCAAAAAAUAGCAAAAAUCAAUCUAAUUGAAAUACUAGAAGUGAUUGAUUUAUUUGUUUUUUUUAUCCUUUUAAUCAUUUUGAGACUGAAACUAGAAUCUGUGCUGUAACAGGUGAAAAACACUAAUCUGUAUUUGUGACACAAGAACAGCAGCUGAUGUGAAGUCAUAUUUCAGCAAAUAUAUAUCAGCAUGUUUUUAUUUUAUAUCCUGUACACUAAUAUUUCAGAUAGAUAUCAAACAUAUUUAUGUUAAUCACUGUAAGUCGUGCCUGUUCUUAUAUUUAUUUCAUGAACAUGUAUCGUUUGCUGUCAUCUGUGUUGAUGUUGAUUUAUUUAGGGAGAGAUGUGCAGAUUUUUUCCCCCCAAAAUCAGAUUGUUAGAAAUCCUGCACUACAUGAAAAUGAACCAAAAUGAGUAAAUAAAUGAAUAAAUAAAAAUAUUUUCUUUAAAGCUG